CACGCGUGAUGAGACUCAUGAGAGUCGCCAUUGCAUAUCGACGGAGGGCUCCAUUACGCGUCUGAACUCUCCGUCAACUUUCGUUCCGUGGGCAUCUCUCGCGCCCGCCGCCGCUGCACACUGGAGCCUUCUCUGCAACAGAUCGAGCACGUACAAAAGGAGUCGCUGAUUCAGAGUCCGCCACCAGGAAAGCCCAGAGUCACAAAACUCAUACACACCUCAAUUUUCAGAUCCUCCAGAAGCACCGCAAUGCACGUUCCAAAGACCAUGCACGCAUGGACACAUGACCGCAUGGGUCUUCCCGCGGCUGUCCUGCUUUACAAGGAGAUCCCAACCCCUCAACUCGCCAACAAGUCUUCGGUCGUUGUCCGAGUCACCCACGCUGCACUGAACCCCGUAGGAACGCUUUUCGUCCAACUUACGCCCACCUUGUUCCGCAAGACGCCAUGUGUUCCCGAGCUCGACUUUUCUGGUGAGAUAGUCGAAGUCGGCUCGGGCGUGCCAGCUUCUCGAGGCCUGCAGCCAGGCACCAAAGUGUUUGGUUCCAUCUGGGUACCGACACACGUUCGCUACGGUCUGGGAGCGCUUUCCGAGUACAUUUCUGUCCACGCGGAGUCUGUGGUGCCAGUACCGAAGAAUGUCACCUUGGAAGAAGCAGGUGGAAUGGGGAUCACCGGCGCAACCGCCAUCUUGCUGUUGGAAAAGGCGAACUUGAGGCCCGGAGACUCUGUACUAGUCAACGGAGCCAGCGGAGGUGUGGGCAUCUUGACCGUUCAACUGGCAAAGGCCGCUGUCGGACCUACCGGGAAAGUGGUUGGGAUCUGCUCGGGCAAAAACGCCGAUUUCGUCAAGCAGUAUGGUGUCGAUGAAGUCGUCGAUUACACCAAGCAUUCACCCGUCACAGACUACCUCGCCAAAGCUUACUCUGCCAAGCCAUUUGACGCGGUCAUUGAUGCGAUCGGAAAGCAAGAGAUAUACGACCACGCCGCAUCGUACUUGGCACCGAAGAAGCCAGUCGUUACCGUCGGCCUUGGUUUCAAAUACACCUACCCGCAAAUGGUGACGACCAUUGCGAAAACGGUCGACAACACGGCCAGGCCCUGCAUCUUGGGAGGUGUCCCACGUCCUUACAUCACCAUUAACGCGUUGGUCAAUCUGAAGUUGUUGGAGAAGAUAAGCGCCCUUCUGCAGGAAGGAACGAUGAGGCCGGUCGUAGAUCAGACGUUUGACUUCAGGGAUACGUUGCAGGCAUACGAGAAGAUAGCCAGCAAGCGCGCCCGCGGCAAGGUUACUGUCAAGGUACAGGAACCAUCGGCAUAGUGAUUCUCGGUUUUAGCUACCGAGUAGGGCCAUAUCCACCAUAUACACCUUUCUCACAUGCGAGGAUGCAUUAGCAGCGUAUUCUGUACUUAUUUGUCGCAAGUCAUAGUCUAGUUCUUUCUGUAGCUGUAGCAUCGGAUGAGGCACCCUUUUCCACUUUAAUCAAAGCCUUUUCAAUAGAUGUCCUGUUGUCCAAUUCAAG